UCAUGUAUAGACAGACACUGGCACAUGUUUUAUGUCUCACGAUCGCAGUCACGCUGAACCUGCCUUUUGUACUAACUGGGAUGACGGUUCAGAUAAGUUGGUUUUAAUUAAACUGUUUCUUCUGCAAGGUUACAUGUUUAAACCUGCUGCUCUGUUGGAGGCACUGUGCCCUUUCCAGGGGAUUGCUGCGAGAACAAGGAUUAACUGAAGCGCUACCAAUGCACCAUUCUUGGAGGUAAGAACAAAAAAAAACAUUCUCAGACCUCUCAUUAAGAAGAUACAACUUGCCUGCCUGUUGGUUGUUUUCCAGAUGUACUCUAAAUCCGCAUCCUGUACAGCAUGAAACAAACAAAAGUUGAUGUAAAGCACUGCUGUCCGUUGUCGGUUGAGAAGACCAAACUCAGACAGUGGUGGAAUGUCUGUCUCAAAAUCGCUAGUGGUGGAUUGCUUGUUCUUGAAAGAAAAGCACUAACUUCCAACUAAUACCCUGGAGGUCUAUCCAGGGUGUGCAUCUGCCGUUGCACAAACCAAAAAAACUAUUUCAAUUAUCCCCACUUUCGCGUGGAACUCCUGCCACUGAUGACUUACAGACUCUUGAUAUAAAGCAAGGCACAUUCGACCAAGCUGGCCAUUGUUCGGUAGAAGGGUUAUAAAGUUAUUUGCUCUUCUUUGUUUUUAUAUGUAUUGCCCCUGUGUCACUGACUGCUGUGUACUUUGCAACUCUUGAGUCUGCAGGUACAAAGGUGCUUGCCUGGGAUAGCUUACCUGCAGAGUUGAAGCAGCUCAGUGUUGUGUUCAGACCAGUAGAGGACCACAAUGAAGAUCUUACUGCUGGUGCUUGCUGGGAUCAGCUGCAGUUCCUCUGCAGUAACUCCAGACAACAAGGAGAAGAGCCCUCAUUACUGGAAUGCCCAAGCAAAGGAGACGCUGGAAGCAGCUCUCAAACAGGAGCCCAUCAACCACCGGGCCAAGAACCUCGUGCUCUUCCUGGGAGAUGGAAUGGGAGUGACGACGGUGACUGCUGCACGGAUCCUGAAAGGACAGAUGGAUGGGAAGCCAGGAGAGGAGACAGUGCUGACCAUGGAUGAGUUCCCAUAUCUCGCACUCUCCAAGACCUACAACGUGGACCGUCAAGUUCCUGACAGCGCCGGCACUGCCACUGCCUACCUGUGUGGCGUGAAGGCCAAUGCCAAGACGGUGGGUGUGAGCGCCGCCGCGGAGUACGACGUGUGCAACACCACCUUCGGGAACGAGGUACACUCUGUCCUGCACCGCGCCAAGGCCCAAGGGAAGUCGGUGGGCAUCGUGACCACCACCCGCGUUCAGCACGCCUCCCCCGCUGCCGCCUACGCUCACUCGGUGAGCCGGUACUGGUACGCUGACGCCGACAUGUCCAAGCAGGAUGCCAGGGAUGGCUGCACCGACACUGCCCUGCAGCUGAUUCACAACACUGACAUCGAUGUAAUUCUCGGUGGGGGGCGGAGGUACAUGACUCCCCGGGGAACACCUGACCCAGAGUACCCAACAGAUGGGUCUCAGAACGGGACCAGGAAGGAUGGCAAAGACCUCAUUAAGACGUGGCUGGACGCUCGGAGCUCUAAGGGUGCAAAGUACGUUUGGAACAAAGAACAGUUGGAUGCUGUCGACGUGAAAUCAACCAACUUUCUCAUGGGUCUGUUUGAGCCGAAGGACUGCAAGUACGAGGUUAAUCGCAACACCACUACAGACCCCUCCAUCGUUGAGAUGACAGAAAAAGCCAUCCAGAUCCUCAGCAAGAACCCUAAUGGAUUCUACCUGUUUGUGGAAGGCGGGAGAAUCGAUCACGGACACCACGGGGGCAGAGCUCAGAAGGCGCUGACGGAGACGGUGAUGUUCGACCGAGCAGUCAAGAGGGCUUUGGAGCUGACUGAAGAGCAAGAGACUCUCACUGUGGUCACAGCCGACCACUCCCACGUGUUCACCUUGGGAGGAAGCACUGGCCGAGGGAACCCCGUCUUCGGUCUAGCACCCAAGCAAGCCGAGGACAACAUGCCCUUUACCAGCAUCCUGUAUGCUAACGGACCUGGUCAUGCCCUUGAGAACGGAACUAGACCGAAUAUCACCUCUGUUGAUUACAUGGAUGUAGAGUACAGGCAGCAGGCGGCUGUCCCUCUGAGCUCGGAAUCUCACGGUGGUGAAGACGUGGCUGUACUCGCCAGAGGGCCCAUGGCUCACCUGUUCCAUGGCGUGAAGGAGCAGAACUACAUCGCCCAUGUGAUGGCAUACGCGGGCUGCAUCGAGCCGUACACUGAGUGCCCGAAGGAACGCAACUCGGGGGCACAGACCCGCUCUCACACCACCCUCCUCGCCACUCUGCUGGCUCUGCUCUAUCUGCUGGGGAGGUAAUGCCCCUUUACACACCAACCAGCCACCCUCCUCCAGUUGUCCAUGUAACUGCUGGCAGAUCUCAGGAUUUGUCUUUUUUUUUUUUUGUGCUCCAGUUAGUAGCAUUGAUAGCACAAGCUCACUGAACAGCACCCAUUGCUGUGUUAGGACUGAAGCCACCACCAGUACCUCCUCACAAACUGCCUGAGGUGGUGACAGAGUAGUACAAUGAUCAGACCACAGCGGGCUAAAGCAAGGCUGCAGUUCAUCUACUUCACUCUUUCUGCAGUGUAACAAUUAGUAUGGUACUGAUGUCAAACAUGUGCCUUAUCACUGGAUCUGGAGUUGCGCAAAGCAGGAAUUAGUACAGCAAACGUAAGAGUAGUUUAUUACUGCAUUUGCUAAUCAGGGGUUUUCCAAUAUGGCUUUCCAUUCGCUGUCAAUAUUAUAGAUUAGGAUAUUUCUAUUCUAUAUUUUGUAAUAACCACUA